CUUCCGGAAUACUGUAGUAACCUGGUAUUUCCUUUGGGAAAAAAUGAGCCUUGAAGACAACUCCAAUAGUUAUGUCGACGAGGAGGAAUUAGGAUGGCAUAUCAACGCUGAAAAUCAUGCAGACUUCGCUUCCAAAUUAACAAAGAAGUUGGAAAAACGUUUGGAAGAACACGAACAAUGCCAUCGAAAAACUCGAAAGGAAAGACACGCAAUUAUUUCGCAGUGUUUUGAAGAAGUAAUCAGAAAUAAUGGUUGCUUUGGUCCGUUGCUUUCUGAGAUUAAAGUUGAAUAUGAGAAAUGCAUUAGGGCUGUAUUUCAAAGCGAGAGAGAUGCAGAUUUUCUUCAUCGGAACAUGACGAGCUGCGCUGCUGGACUCGGAACCAUCAAGAAUUACAAAGAGCAAAUAAGUGAUUUGGAAAAGAAAUCAAGAAUGUUGUUGGAACAGAACGAGAUUUUAAGACAAAAAUCACGCACGGAAAUUGAACCGGUGAGGCCGAAAUCAGAGAUCGUACUUGAGCAAAUCCAGGAAUCAAUCGCUGCUAUCCGUGGCGAAAGUUUUCAUAGAAAAACUCCAUGGGUUAGGGCAAAAAAGUUCGGGAAUUCUCACGUCAAAGUUUUGGAAAGAUACACCUCAGAUGAGCAAACGGAUUUGGAGUUUUUGAAUGACGAAUUGAGACGCUUAAGAAGAGAAAUUAUGGAACUAGUGAAAUUUUUCGACAAGCGUUUUAAACUAAGGAAAACCAAGGAUAAACUUAUUGAAAAACUCAUGGAAAAAGAGCAGAUGAAAAUUGAUCUGAAGGAACACGGAAAUGCGUUGAAGACGAAACUUCUGAGAUUGGAGGAAAGACUUAAAGAGGAAAGAAAGCAAAGAGAUUUGGUCAUGGCCAAAAAACCGAAAACCAUUGCGGAGUUGAUUUUGCUCGCAUUGAAACACGGCGAAACUGAAGAUGACUUCAUCGAUAGCAUCGAAGAGGAGCUGACAGCGUCCGAGUCAAGCGAGGAAGAGGAUAACGCGGGUGAACAGGAACAAGAAGAGAUGGUGGAGUACAUGGAUAAGUUCGAACAACUUUUCACAAGCGGUUGCUACGAGGAGGCUGCUACAGUUGCAGCGACAUCACCACAGGAUAUCCUCCGUACAGCCCAGACGUUUGAACGAUUCAAAGAAGAACCAACCCAGCCUGGCGAGACAUCACCUCUGCUGAACUACUGCGAGGCUGUGAUUGCCAACAGCAGCAAUCCUGGUCAGAAGGGACUGAAUGCAGCGGAAUCUAUGGACGCGGUGAUCCGAGCUUUUGAAGAGAACCGACGAGAUUUGGUAGUUCAUUGGUUAUCUCAAGAGAAGUUAAAGCACUCGGACAUGCUUGGGGACAGCAUUGUAGCAUUCUGCAGCUGUGGACAGCAGGUCUGCCAUUGUGGGUGGCACACUCUAGCUGAGAUGGUGUAUAGGCACACAAAGGCUCACGGUAAGGUCGUAGCUUGUCUGUGUCGCCAGGGAAGGCUGAAUAUGGCGGUGGAUCACGCCAGGAAGGUCGCGAAGUUUCGAAGAACCGACUUCAUGCACACUCUCGAACAGUACCCGAGUUUCGCGCAUGCGCAGGUCCUGCUUCUCGUGGGCGAUGGCUACUUGUCGUCUCCGUUAUGUCGCGAGGAGUGCAUAGCGUCGCUGGUGCGUGCGUGUCGACCACGUGACGCAGCGAGGCUGCUCUCGAGUGCGCAUGACCGUAUCCAAUGCGCCAAGAUUGUUCCGUAUGUUUGCGCGGAGCAAGAGGAAGCGUGGGUCGAAUUUCACGACGUGUUGGUUGGGCAAGGUUUCGCGACUGCCGCGUGGGAUGUCGUCAGCGCGUGGAUCCUCGCUGAUGUGUUUUCAACAGCGAUGUUUAAAAUUGGGCUGUAAAUAACAGAUUGUGUUUGAACUGAUAGAGUUUAGUCUUUUACGAUACUAUACGUAAUGCAAGAUAACGCGAUCACAAAUAUAAUUACAUGUCG